UGUUCUGCUUCUCCAAUUUGGUGAGAAUCUCGGUGAGUGCACUAAGGAGAUGCAUCAGGUUGCAGUGUUGCUGCUGCUACUCUUUGGAUUGUUCGGAUCAUUCUUCUGCAAUGGCGGCAAUCUAAUUGGUACUUCCACAGCAUCAAGGAUCCGAACAGCGAGUCAGCAGCAGAAUGCCAGUUCCCAUUUUGUUCUUGUUCAUGGAGCAGGCCACGGCGCUUGGUGCUGGUACAAGGUAAUCGAUCAACUACAGAAGCGAGGCCACAGGGUCAGCGACGUUGACUUGACCAGCGCGGGGAUCAACGGAGUUGACCCCCGUUCUGUGACCAGCCUGGAGCAAUACUCCGGCCCGCUACUCCAGCUGCUCCGAUCGGUGCCGCGUGGCCACAAGAUCAUCUUAGUUGGUCACAGUCUCGGAGGUGACAGUCUCACCUAUGUGAUGGAAAAAUACCCUCACCAAAUUGCAGCUGCUAUGUUUGUGGCUGCAAAUAUGUUUCCAAGGGGCUCCAACGGGACUUUUGUUUACAACCAGCUGUUCUAUAGAUACAUCAAGAGCAGCAGCAAAGUGGAUGCUUAUAAGUGUUCAAUUGGUGUCAACUUACAGGUUAUUACUAACAACAAGGCCGUACAGAACAGCAAAGUGUACUUCUACUCCAAUGGAUCAAAGACCCCUGUGGCUGCGGCAUUCAAGCUUGACUUAGUACAAGACGUGCUCUACCACCUUUCUCCAUCCAAAGAUGUAGUUCUAGCAAAGUUGCUGUUGAAACCUCGCCCGCUUUUCAAGCACCACAGUGCUGAGCUCUCACGGGAGAAGUAUGGAUCAAUUCCGAGGUACUUCGUGAAGACAACACAAGACAAGCUGAUUUCACCCAAGCUGCAGGAUUUGAUGAUCGAGUACAAUCCACCAAAACGGGUUUUUCAUGUUCAUUCCGAUCACAGCCCGUUCUUCAGCAAGCCUGCCAUCCUGCUGGAGUAUCUCCUCAAAGUUGCAAAGCUUCACCAGACGAAUUAAACAAUAGAAUCCUUCAACUAAAGCUAGCAAAGGCCUCAUUGAAAAAGUUUGGCCUUCCUCAACACUCCCAUGGCCUUGGCCUUCAGAGCCUCGGGUCACUCAAUCAGAUGUAAAACCUCUGU